UACUGCGUAAAGUGGAUGGCGAGAUAUUGGUACAAGGUACUUGCGAGUCGCUAUGUUUGCUGUGGCCACUCUCGUCGCACUGCUUCUGCAUGGAGCAAGCGGAACAACAGAGUUUGCUCACAGUGCCGUGACACCCGGGAAUGGAGAGGUCAUCCCUAUGGACAUCGAGCUGCACGACAAUACCAUGACUUUACAAAGGGCUUAGUGGCUAUGAAGAUCACCGAAAAAGACACUUGUUUUGUGAAGCCAUCUGACGAGACAUACGACGACAUUAAGAAGGUCGUAGACGACAUCAAAAAGGGAGAGAAAGCACCAAAGGUCCAAGCUACUGAAGAGUGGGUCGUUCCCAAAACGCCAUUACCUGCAGAAGAGAUCGAACAGAAAGUGGGAAAGAGGAUAGCAAAGUUCUGUAGCGGCUGCAAAGUGCAAUUCCUCCAAGACGGCAAAGUGAUCAGGGCUGCUGCAGAUGUCCCGAGAGUAACCGCGAAAAGAGGUGCUGUGAGGAGCCGGUCUAAAGGAUUUAUUGAAUUCUGCCUGUUCUGCUGUUCCACUGCUUGGAAAAUAAAAACACAGCCCGACCAUGCAAUAAAUGUGGCGUCAACUGACUCUGGAUCUGUGUUUUAUAUUGCCUUUUAUAUUUCAUUUUUUUAAAAUCCAUGUCAAAUA